AUGGAUGAUGAUGAAAAAUUAGACGGGGGGGCAGAUUCGUCUUCCCCAGCGUGUCUGCCUACAGCCAUUGUGUUUCACGUUGCCUCUUUUUUGACUCCGAACGACGUCUGCUCUAUGGGGGCGACAUGUCGCAAGUGGCGAGAGGUGUGCUGUUCAGACCUGCAGCCUCUAUGGAGGGAAUUUGUGAGUAAGAAGUUCGGUCGGAAGUACGAGAACUACGUCACCUUCACGGGUGACAGUGAUUGGCGAUGUUUGUAUCUCAAAAUUUCGGCAUUCAUUUCAAAUUUGCGCAGAGGGAAUGCGAAGGUCAAAUACUACCCGGCUCUCCUUGAGCCUCCACUCUCUGACUCCUACGAAGGAUGCUUAGCCAUGACUACCGAUUGCUCUCGCCUUUUGUGGGAGAACGGCAGAGUUCUUCAGUGUGUUGAUGUUGAGCAAGGUAAGGAGCUGUGGCGAGUGUCGGUGUCGAAUCGAAAAAGUGGUGCUUCCCGGCCGAGUGUCGUGGUGGGGAAGAGUAAGGUUUUCCUCCAUCUGGAGCAACAGGUGCAUGUCUACGAGCUCUCUAGUGGAGCCUUCGUUUCUCUUCUCUCCAUUCCACCAGACACAGACGCUUCUUUGGCCCCUCUUGGUUGCACCGAAACAACAGGGAAUAACAUGCCUCUGGACGUAUCGCUCCGGAACAUGCAUUUCACCUUUUUGACGAAGCGGACGCUGUUUGUCUUCCACUCAGAAAGUCUCCAACUUCUCUACAAAGUCCAGCAUCGCGAGCUGACGCCCCUCAUCGACACAGUUGAGGGUAUCGACUUUUGUUGGGCGGGCAACCAAUGCUGCGCUGGUCCAGACGGCACAGAGUGCCACGAGUGCUCGGCAAACGGUUUAAUGCUGCGGCCACAGUGUCAGCAAAUCUGCAGACACAUUGUCACCUGGUUGGUUAAGAGGAGUCGGUCGAUAAAAAUCUGGGACAUACGUGACGGAUCGAAUGUGUAUUGCUUGCGCGGACACGACGCGCCGGUCCAGAAGGUUCGCCACGUGAUGAACUGGAGAGACCUCGCCGAUUACUUCUUAGCUUCUCUCGACACUGAGGGAAGCGUGAGAAUCUGGGGCUCGCAUGACAAACACUUUUUCUGUUUGCAUGAACUGAAACCCGACGUCUCACGAGGCACCGUGUUCCGCAUGUCGUUCUCGACGACGCAUCUCAUGACAAUGUCUAAGGAGGCGGCUGGCGGAGACGUCCUGAUCACCGUCUGGAAAUUCAACCAGGCACCCGCAAAUGCCUUGUUGCGGAUAGCUCAUCGUUCGCUCGCGAAAAAAGCACAUGCAAUGGCAUCAGGAGAAAACGGGACCGACAAAACCAAUUGGAAUGCACCGAUCAUGCCUAGAACCCGGCGAUGGAGCAAACAAACGGUAGAUAACACUACAGACAGAGAACAUGUGGGCGCUGCAACCCAGCACGCCUUGCCUUCGUCGUUUUCGCAUUUCUCCCAGGCACACAGAGAUUCACGCAUUGAAGAAAACGGAACAUCGAGGUCUACCCGUGACUCUCACAUUCGCUGUGGUCUUGGUCCCAGUUUGCCGGCAGAAGCAGACACCGAUGAAGCCGGAAGAACCGAAAAUACAGAAAGAGAAGGCUGUCGAGAACGGGUCCCACGGAGUGGAGAAGGAAAAACAGAGGAACACCUUCGCGAAAAACAGUGCAAUUUCUACAGAAAACGCAUUUCCUCUUCUUGCCGAGAUGGGGGUCGGCAUCAGACCGAAACGCAACCAUCCGGAGGGUCGGCGGGACGCGAUACUCACAAUUGGCUCUUCGAGUGUGGCACAUCUGCAAACAUGCCAGCACACGGAGAGAGACCAGCACGUGAUUCAAUAGCGGGUACGGCAAAUAAAACUUUUUCCUCACCUGGACAGAUCUGA